CGGGCGAUACCCCGGUUUCCCUCCGCAAUAUAUAUCCUAAUAUUUUAAAACUCCUAAGUUUAUUAGAUAAAUAUAUAUUUAGUAAAAAAAAAUUAUUUAAAAAACACAAACAAAUUGUGUUUCCCAUGGGUUUUAUCUAGUACCUGUAAUAUGCUACAGUCAAGUGUACGAAGAAUAAAAUGUGUCGACUUUUGAAUCAUGAUAAUUACCUUUCCUAAAAAAAAAAAUAAAAAAAAAAUCAUGAUAAUUACCUAAUAAGCAAUCAAAAAAAGCCACGUGGAAAACCAAAAUAGACUAACCAUCACCAAAAAUUAACCAACCAUAAACCUUGACGUUUUAAUCAUUCAUCAACUUUCUCUGUUUUUCUAUUUAAAUAUCAAAAAAUCUGCCACCAUUUUUCUCAUCCUCCCAAAAACAGAGACAGCAGCUGAAUUACUUAGUUCAGGAGAGAGACACUUCGCCGGGGAUUCAAGAUUCCGGUGAUACAUCGCCGGAAAACGUGAAUAACUCCGGCGUAAACCCCGAUCAGAUUCGAAACAUCGAGAAAGAAAUGAGUCGUAGAGCAGUCAAUAGAGGGGAGAAAAUCGGACAAGUUAAGACAACGACGACAACAACGACGACGAUGACGAUGACGAUGAUGAGAAGGGAGAAAAGGGCGGAGAAGAGAUUGGUGAAGUUCGAGGAAUUGCCAGAGUAUUUGAAAGAUAAUGAGUACAUCUUGGAUUAUUAUCGUUGUGAAUGGCCGUUGAAAGAUACAUUUCUUAGUGUUUUUUGUUGGCAUAAUGAAACGCUAAAUAUUUGGACGUUAGUAUUUUAUUUUUAUUUAAUUAAUUUUAUCAUUUUUCUUUUUAUUUCGUUUUCAUUUCAAAGUUUUUUUUUUUCUUUUUUUUCGAGUUAUGUUUUUGGUUGUUCACUAUUGUAUGUAAUGAUAUGUAACAGGCAUUUGGGAGGGUUUUUGAUAUUUGCGACGAUGGCGGUGGUGAGUUUGACGGAGGGUACUAAGGGUGGCGGACCUGUUUCUAGUUUUUUCAGGUCUACUAUUAUCGCGACACCAUUAAUGACCAUGUUAACGAUGGAUAGGAACAACGGCUCAAAUAAUGUGAAUCCGGGUGAACAUUAUAGACACUUCUCAGAGUCCUCACUGCUGGACACUAGCACAGAAGGAGCUGAACUCGUACCGAUGUGGCCUUGGUUUCUAUUUCUAGCAGGUGCAAUGUGUUGCUUGGUUUUCAGCUCAGUCUCUCACCUCCUUGCCUGUCAUUCAAACCACUUGAGCCGCUUCUUCUGGCGCCUAGACUACGCAGGAAUCUCAAUCAUGAUAGUCUGCUCUUACUAUGCUCCUGUGUACUACUCUUUCUAUUGCCACCCUUUGUCUAGCCUUCUCUAUCUCACUUCCAUCACAAUUCUCGGCGUUCUUGCUAUCAUCACCCUUCUUACUCCCGCUCUUUCCUCCCCUCAUUUUCGUGUUUUUAGAGUCUCCCUUUUCCUUGGCAUGGGCUUCACAGGGCUAAUCCCUGCUGUUCAUGCAGCUGCACUGUUUUUGGAUCACCCACAGGUGUUAGUAGCCCUCGGGUAUGAGAUUCUUAUGGGUAUCUUAUAUGCAAUCGGAGUUUGGUUUUAUGUCAGUCGCGUUCCUGAACGUUGGAAACCAGGUUUCUUUGAUCUUGCAGGUCACAGUCAUCAGAUCUUUCAUGUAUUCGUUGUCGGUGGGGCUCUCACUCACAGUGCAGCCAUUAUGGUUAUUCUGCACUGGCGACAGGGCAUGCCUACCUGUUUUUAGUUUCGGACAACUGAUAACAUACAGCAGCAGAGAAUUCAGUUGUUUGGAUCAGAAUCAGAAACCUGCAGCAGAAGGAAAUGUACUGUAUCAAUUGUUACUCAAGUUUGUAUAUUUAAGGCGGAGAAUUGAAGGAAAUGUCGAAAGAAGCUAGCAUCAUUCUCAUCUGGUAUAUAUUGAUAAAACAGGCUAUGCUUCUCAGAAACCAUAUCAUAUUGUGCAAUUAUUGGUUGAUUGAUGUGGUCUUGAAGAGAUGAUGAUAGAUGAAUCUGUUUCAAGAAACAUCUUUUAGCAGUAGGUUUCAACUCUUGGGCUUCGUUUUUUUUGGCGUAUGCAUAAUGUAAUAUAUUGAGCUCAAUGUGAGUUUCAUGAAUAUGUGAUUGCAGAAAGCGCUCUGUACAAUUGAAAGCACAACAUUGCAUAUUUACACUGUUAAGAAUGUUUUACAAAAGGUCUUUAAGUCACACCUUGAGGCCUGAGGCUCAGAAAGUGAAUGCCAAUUUGCCAAAAUUCUCUACUUCUA